AUGCCAUCUAUUCUUAACGACGAUGAUAAGGAUACCGUGAAGCGGUUCAUCCCCAAGCAAUCCAACAAGAUCCAGGCCGUUGCUGUUGCCAGACUCUACGUAGCAUAUCCCAAUCGCUCAAAAUGGACAUACACCGGACUACAGGGAGCUGUUGCGCUCGUCAAUGAUCUGGUUGGAAAUACAUACUGGAUCAAGAUGGUGGAUAUUUCGCCCUCCAAUCGAGGAGUUAUCUGGGACCAGGAGAUUUUCGAUACGUGGAACUACAACCAAGACCGAACCUUUUUUCAUACCUUCGAACUUGAAGAAUGCCUGGCUGGUCUGAGCUUUGUCGACGAAAAGGAGGCCAAACAGUUCAAGAAGAAGAUGGAUGAGCGAGAGAAGAAUGCAAGCCGAGCUACAAAGUCGACGCCCUUCGGUGGAGGUGCCCAGCCAGCCCAUAAGCAUGGCCUGUUGGGAGGGCUAUUCGGACAUCGCCAUUCGACUCAUAUCAGCUCCCAGCACACAGCUCCGACCCCUCCGGAGUCUCCCCGGAUGCCACAUAACUCCAUCCAGCAUCAUGUUGUCAACUCAACGCCCAAUCUCAAUGGCUCAAGACCUUCUGAAUUCGCACUUUUAGAUGCGUUUGAUCCUCUGUGGCGCGAGCACUUUGGUGCAGAUCUUCAAGACAAGGGUUUGACGGACGACUUCAUCAAAGAAAACCAAGAGUUUAUUGUCGACUUCUUGAGAGAAGAACAACAGAAGGCCAAUCAGCCUCAUUCGACACCGCCACCACCUCUUCCUCCAGCAGCGAAAGCACCCUCUCCAACGCCAACCGCGAACGGCAAUGAAGGAAGAGGCUCUCGAGCGCCUCCGCCGCCGCCGCCGCCCGGUGGUCGACCUCAGUCAGACGGUCCUCCAGCUCCCCCUGCUCCGAGAAAAGGCGGCCCCCCACCUCCUCCAGCCCCGAGACGGUCGGGCAAAGCCGAAUCUCCGGCGAAGGAUGCUGCGCCUGAACGAGCGCCGUCACCUCCUCGACCCAAGUUUGGUGUCCCUCCUCCAUUGGCCGACGCUGGCAAAUUCGCACGUCAAGAUCCUCCAAGGGCUGUUCCAGCAACGCCCACUCCUGGACCUCCCCCUCCUCCGCGACCGGCCAAGACUCCCAUAGAAACACAGAAGAACGAGAGUCACAGAUUCGGAGUUCCUCCUCCCUUUCCUGGUUCAAGAGUACCCCCACCAACACCUAGCCGUGGGCCUGUUCCUCCUCCACCACCACCCCGACCGGCCGAUAACCACCCUGUGCCUGCAGCUCUUCCUCCUCCUCUGCCUCCCAAAGUACCAGCUUCUUCAGCUCCACCACUGCCGCCUCCAAGCUCCCGGCCGGUUCCUCCCCCUCCAGCAGCCAACAAUCACCCUCCUCCUCCACCUCCCUUACCGGUGACAAGUGCUCCUCCACCUCCUCCGCCCCCUCCACCUCCUGGAGGCCCUGGUGCACCGCCGCCUCCUCCGCCCCCUAUGCCGCCUGGAACUGGUGCACCUCCACCGCCUCCUCUCCCUCCUGUUGCUGCAGGGGGCGAUCCUGGCCGAUCAGCCAUGCUGGAAGGCAUUCAACGUGCUGGCGGAAUCAACUCCCUCAAGAAGGUUGAUCGCUCACAGAUUCGCGACCGCAGUGGUGUUCAAGUUGGCAGUGGCGGCGAUUCUGGCGGGGCGAAUGCUGCACCUGCAGCAGCUGGUGCGCCUGGCGGCGGCGGUGGCAUGGCCGAUGCCCUGGCUGCUGCUCUCCAGAAGAGAAAAGAAAAGGUCUCUAAGAGUGAUGACGAGAGCGACAACGAUGACUGGUGA